AUGGACGCGUUAUAUGAAACGGCCUAUGAGGACUGUAGAACGCUAGCCACAGCUAUCAUGGGUGGAGUUGAGAAUCGCCGCGAAGAAGACGUAUGCGCUGGUAUGGGAGUCUUUAGGGGUUUUCAACAACAACAAAAAACCCCUACCGAUCGAGCAAUCAGAAUACCAGAUACAAUGUCGUCAACUAGGGAACUUUCACAUCUGAAUUCACACUUAAGGACGAAACUGGAAACCCUUGAAGGUGUCAAUAAUACAGUCAACUCCGCCGAGGAGAAGUUAAAGCAGCUUGAAUUCGAUAUAGAAGCCGACGAGGCUUUAAAAUCUAUACGACAGAAUGUGAAGGAGGCUAAAAGUUCCCUCGACGCUACAAAAACAGAAGAGGCAAGGCGUGAAAUGGAGAUGGACGCGCUAUAUGAAACGGCCUAUCAGGACUGUAGAGCGCUAGCCACAGCUAUCAUGUUUGGAGUUGAUAAGCACCGCGAAGAAGACGUAUGCGCUGUCGGCUGGAUGGUGUUGCUGCAACGGGUAUAUAUCGAUCCCGGAAUUAACGACCGAUUUGGUUGA